UGUGCGCUAGCGAUAAAUCGACCCCACCACUUGGCCUCUAUGAUCGAUAUAUGUACAUUCUUCGAGUAUACAAGGAACGUUUUCCCGGGCAAGAUGGUCACGAUCAUCCAACGUAAGAACCUCCUCUACACGAGCUGUUUGUUUCUUUUGCUAUACUCUUUCAUCCUAGCUGUCUCUGGGUCGUACGAUUAUUCUACGUCCGAGGUGUUCGACGCCGGCGAAUUCGCAGGAGACAACGAAUAUUUAUCGAAUCACCGACGAAACUUAUUAAAGAGGAAUUAUGUUUCAAGUAAUACGCGAAUAACUAUAAAAUUGAAUUGGAGUAAGUCAAGGUCGACGUUGGAAGAAAAUUCAGCAGGAGAGGAGGAUGAGGAAGAGGAGGAGACCGAGAAAACGAAUCAAAAGAUACAAAGAAAAUGGAAGUCCCAGAGAAAAAGAAAAUUCAAGAGAUUCGCAGUUCCUGAAAGCAUCGGGAAGAACGCGGCUACCAGUACCAUCAAUAGCACGGAAGACUUCUUCAAUGCGACAAAUAACACGUCUACGAAAGCAGCUACCAACGAAGCUGGAGGAGAGUCUUUGAAAAUAACAAAUUCAAGAAACGAACGGAACAAUAGUUUGACAAAUGUAAUGAAUCUUAAGCAGGAAAAUAAGACAUCGGAGAAAAGGGAAGAACAGAGUCCUGAAAUUUUAGGAUUUCGUCGUAUGGCACCGUUGGCGUCCGUAAACUUCGGUCGAAAAAUUCGUGGAAAAUCUUUGAAAAGAAAAAUCUUGACGAAACAUCUUCCCGAAGUGGACUUUACUAUAGCCGAGAAGAAGAUUUUGAAGGAUCUUUUACAUCAAAUUGAUCAUCACAUGAGUCGUUCGAAAAAAAUAAAACAAAAUCGGAUGAAAGAAGAAGAAAAAGAAGAAAAAGAAGGAGACGUUCCUUUUUCAGAGGAAGAUAAAGAUAAGGAAAAUGAGAACGAGGAGUCGAAAAAAGAAUACGAAACUGACGUGAAAAAUCUUGGAACUGUGAAGGAAGAUGAGGUGAAAAAAAUAGAUGAAAAGGAAGGAAGAAAUAAUAAAGAGGAGGAAAAGGAGAAUGUAAUAAACGAUGAGGAUUUUGAAAAAUCCGAGGAAAAUAAUUCAAAUACGUCGAUCGUGUCGUCCUCUUUGGAUACAGAAUUAUUUGAAAUAAUUCCCGACGUGUUUUUACCUAAGGAAAACAACGGCAUCAUCGAAGGUACAAUUUUUCCGUGGAAAGCGCUUACAUCGAAAAAAUAUACGAAGGAAGUUUCGAUGCAGGAAGGACCUCAUAAGAAACAAACCACUAAGGAAACCAAAUCCAAACUGAGUUUCCUUUAUGUGACCGAUCCUAACACCAAACCGAAAAGUAAGGAAAAGUUAGAUAAUCCUUUAGAGGUAUACGACUCGAAGAUGUUAUCGAAAAAUCGCGAAAAAGAUAAUAAAAUCGUACCUUACGAAUCGAUCGAACAAAAUGUAUUUGACAAUAAUGACAUCGAUUUGAAUAAUACGAUCUAUGGUAUGCUCGAUACUAAUCCUCCCCGAUAUUUAACUAAGAUUUUACAUUUGGAUUUAUUUUAAAUUUAUAAUACGUUAAUAGAAAAAUUUCUCUUUAAAAUAUCUCAUUACAUUUGUUACCAAUAAAGUAUAGAAUAUCAAC